CACCAACAUUCAACGUCCGUCACAAAGAGAAAUCGACUGCAAGAUGGCCGCAAAGCAAAAUGCUAGCAUUGUCAGGCCCCUGCUCAUCGCCACACUCCUUGUGGCGGCGGUUGCAUCAUCGGUGCCGGUGGCCAGGGGGGAAGAGAAGGCUCCUCCCACUUGCUUCAGCGAGUACUCCAAGCUCUGUGGCAAAGGCGAGAAGAAGGACGCCGCGUGCACCACCAUGGUCGAGAAGGCCUGCGGCACUGAGGCCAGCAGCGUCGCCAAAAUCGAGCACUUGUUUGUCGAGUUCUCCUCGAUCGGUCAAAAGGUGAGUAAUUUCAAUGGUCUGACCACGUCAGGGGGGCAGGAUGUCCUGAAAGAAUCCGUCGACAAGCAUGGCGGCUGCCCCGGCAACACGACGACCUAUGUAUAUUCUGCCCAAUGCAAUAGGGACUGCAACGAGGCAUGCAGUGAUGGUGCUUGCUCUAACCACUGCUACAUGGACUGCCCCUACAUGGCCGCAAGAUUUUGCUACAUCAUCGCCACACCCGCCAACAAGAAAGCCAUAGAGGAAGACAUGGAAUGCUUCAAGCAGUGCUCAAAGGAUGGCACAAAUGACAAAUGCCGUGCCGCAUGCAAGCUGUCUUGCUCGCCCCCGGCCCCUUGAAAAUGUAUUUAUUUAACCGAUUCUCCGUUCACGAUUUCACAUGUAUUCAUCUUUCUUGUUUUUUUAACUGAUAUUCUUGUAAAAUCUAUAAAUAAAAGAGAAGUAAACUUU